GGCAACAUGGCGGAGAGCGUGAUGCUUGUGCUGGAGCAGGAGAGCGAGCUGUGUUCGCUGAGAUCAACACCGUUAGCAUGAAGAACUGGCAAGCGUCCUGAAACAAUCGUAGUCGGAAGAGACUGUCGUUCUUUCUAGCAUCUUUAAAUGCUUUAUCGCUUACGUUGCUCCUUACGCAUAACCUAAUUUGUGGAUUUUGUUUGGAUAAAGCAGGAGAUUUGAGGGGUAUCAGGUGGUUCCAGAAUUUUCAUUUUCUUCCUAUUUAUUUCUGUCCUUGAUGCUUCUGCACAGCUAUUAGAGACAGGUGAAACCUUGGCCGCUGAUUCGGGUUCCGCUGGUGAUGUCGAGCGUGAAGCCGGUAUCAAUGCCGGGUUCGAUGUCUCUCUCGGACCGGGAACCACCCCCGGGUCACAGGCAUCAAGGAGCCACCGGCUCCGUUACCGGUGAAAGGAUGGUGACGGGCUCUGGCUCAAUGGUUCUGCCGGCUGGAAUGAUCAACCCGUCGGUUCCGAUCCGGAAUAUCAAGAUGAAAUUCGCCGUGCUCAUCGGUCUGAUCCAGGUCGGGGAGGUUAGCAACAGAGACAUUGUUGAGACGGUCCUCAAUCUGCUGGUGGGCGGUGAGUUUGACCUGGAGACCAACUUCAUCAUCCAGGACGCGGAGAGCAUCGGCUGCAUGGUGGAGCUGCUGGAGCACUGUCAGGUGACGUGCCAGGCCGAGAUCUGGAGCAUGUUUACCGCCAUCCUGCGCAAGAGCGUGCGCAACCUGCAGACCAGCACUGAGGUGGGCCUCAUCCAACAGGUGUUGCUCAAGAUGAGCGCCGUCGACGACAUGAUCGCAGAUCUGCUGGUAGACAUGCUGGGAGUGCUGGCCAGCUACAGCAUCACAGUGAGAGAGCUAAAGCUACUGUUCAGCAUGCUACGCGGAGAGGGAGGCCUCUGGCCGCAGCAUGCCAUCAAGCUUCUGUCGGUGCUGAAUCAGAUGCCCCAGAGGCACGGUCCAGAUGCCUUCUUUAACUUCCCGGGGCGGAGCGCUGCCGCAAUCGCUUUACCUCCUAUUGCUAAGUGGCCUUAUCAGAAUGGGUUCACUCUCAACACCUGGUUUCGCAUGGACCCCCUGAACAACAUCAAUGUUGAUAAAGACAAACCCUACCUUUACUGCUUCCGCACCAGCAAAGGCAUCGGCUACUCGGCCCACUUUGUGGGCAACUGCCUGAUCGUGACGUCCCUCAAGUCCAAGGGCAAGGGGUUCCAGCACUGCGUGAAGUACGACUUUCAGCCUCGCAAGUGGUACAUGGUCAGCAUCGUCCACAUCUACAACCGCUGGCGCAACAGCGAGAUCCGUUGCUACGUCAACGGGCAGCUCGUCUCCUACGGCGACAUGGCCUGGCACGUCAACACCAACGAUAGCUAUGACAAGUGCUUCCUUGGUUCGUCAGAAACAGCGGAUGCUAACCGGGUGUUCUGUGGGCAGCUUGGAGCCAUCUAUGUGUUCAGCGAAGCUCUUAACCCAUCUCAGAUCUUCGCCAUUCAUCAGCUAGGUGCUGGAUAUAAGAGCACCUUUAAGUUUAAAUCUGAGAGUGACAUCCACCUGGCGGAGCACCACAAGCAGGUGCUGUAUGACGGGAAGCUGGCCAGCAGCAUCUCCUUCACCUACAACGCCAAGGCCACCGACGCCCAGCUCUGCCUGGAGUCCUCGCCCCGGGAGAACCCCUCCAUCUUUGUGCACUCGCCCCACGCCCUCAUGCUGCAGGACGUGAAGGCCAUCGUGACCCACUCCAUCCAUAGUGCCAUCCACUCCAUCGGGGGUAUCCAGGUGCUCUUCCCCCUCUUCUCCCAGCUGGACUACCACCAGCAGCAGAACGACAGCCAGGUGGACUCCACUGUCUGUGCCACCCUGCUGGCGUUCCUAGUGGAGCUGCUGAAGAGCUCUGUGGCCAUGCAGGAGCAGAUGCUGGGGGGGAAGGGCUUCCUGGUCAUCGGCUACCUGCUGGAGAAGUCCUCUCGCCUGCACAUCACCAGAGCGGUGCUGGAGCAGUUCCUGUCCUUCGCCAAGUACCUGGACGGCCUGGCCCAUGGGGCGCCCCUGCUCAAGCAGCUGUGUGACCACAUCCUCUUCAACUCGGCCAUCUGGAUACACACGCCGGCCAAGGUGCAGCUGUCUCUGUACACAUACCUGUCGUCAGAGUUCAUCGGCACGGCGACCAUCUACACCACCAUCCGGCGUGUGGGCACAGUGCUGCAGCUCAUGCACACGCUCAAGUACUACUACUGGGCCAGCAACCCCACACACUCCAGCGGCAUCACACCCAAAGGACUUGAUGGACCUCGGCCCUCGCAAAAGGAGAUCAUAUCUCUGCGUGCGUUUAUGCUGUUGUUCCUCAAGCAGCUUAUCCUGAAGGACCGUGGGGUGAAGGAAGAUGAACUGCAGAGCAUCCUGAACUAUCUGCUCACCAUGAACGAGGACGAGAACAUCCACGAUGUGCUGCAGCUCCUCGUGGCUCUCAUGUCCGAGCACCCGGCCUCUAUGAUCCCAGCCUUCGACCAGAGGAACGGCAUACGGGUCAUCUACAAGCUGCUGGCCUCCAAGAGCGAAGGCAUCCGGGUGCAGGCCCUCAAGGUCCUCGGCUACUUCCUCAAACACCUGGGCCACAAGAGGAAGGUGGAGAUCAUGCACACACACAGCCUCUUCACGUUGCUCGGGGAAAGGCUCAUGUUGCACACCAACACCAUCACUGUGACAAUCUAUAACACCCUCUACGAGAUUCUGACAGAACAGGUGUGCACACAGGUCGUGCACAAACCGCACCCUGACCCUGACUCCACAGUGAAGAUCCAGAACCCAAUGAUCCUGAAGGUGGUGGCCACGCUGCUGAAGAACUCCACCCCCAGCUCUGAGCUGAUGGAAGUGAGGCGGCUCUUCCUUUCCGACAUGAUCAAGCUCUUCAGCAACAGCCGCGAGAACAGGCGGUGUCUGUUGCAGUGUUCCGUAUGGCAGGACUGGAUGUUCUCGCUGGGUUACAUCAACCCCAAGAACUCAGAGGAGCAGAAGAUCAUGGAGAUGGUCUACAAUAUAUUCCGCAUCCUCCUCUACCAUGCCAUCAAGUACGAGUGGGGUGGCUGGCGCGUGUGGGUGGACACCCUCUCCAUUGCUCACUCGAAGGUGACUUACGAGGCCCAUAAGGAGUACCUGGCCAAGAUGUACGAGGAGUACCAACGCCAGGAGGAGGAGAACAUCAAGAAGGGCCGCAAAGGGCUGGUCAGCACCAUCUCGGGCCUGUCCUCCCAGCCGACCGGCAUCAAAGGGGCCGCCUCGCUGGAGCUGGACGACACCUCGCAGACUCAGACCCCCGAGAGCGAGGCCGACUAUCCGGAGGGGGCCGAGGCGUCCCGGAACCCCCUGGCCGAGGGGAAGGACGCUGGGUCGGGGAAAGGAGGGAAAGGGGGAGGUGGAGAGGGGGCGGCUGCGGGGGUGCGCGUGGAGGUGCACGACCUGCUGGUGGACAUCAAAGCGGAGAAGGUGGAGGCCACGGAGGUGAAGCUGGAGGACAUGGACCUGUCGCCCGAGAGCACGCCGGCUGUGACCGCCGGCGUGGACGUGCUGCUCGGCAACGCCUACUCAGCUGCGGUGGAGAAGCUCGGCGUCGGCAGCGUGCUGGUGCCCGAGGUGGGCGGCGGUGCCAGACAAGCGGAGACCAACCUCGAAGGGAAGAACGCUGGCAGUGGACCUCUCAUCACCCUCGCCGAUGACGGCAAAGAUGGACUGGCAAAAGGCACGACCAUCGGCGCUGCCGUUGCCCCCACCUCAGCAUCCGGUAGCGGCUUCCUGUUCGGGGAGGUCGGCGCCUCGGGCGCGGACACUAAGCUGCUGCCUGAGCUGGGCCCGCGGGAGCCACGGGUGUGGACGGGCGCCAGCGACGACCGUGGCCUUCUGGCGCACAUGACAGGCGGUGGAGGCGCGGAGCUGGGCACUGCCCGCUGCGCCCUGGAGGAUGAGGCCGAGGAGGCCGAGUUCAAGCUCGCAUCCUCGCUGACAGAUCCGAGUCCCACCGUCGACAGAGAGGCCAGCAUCGCCGGCAGGGGAGCCCCAGGGUUCGGCGAAGUUGCUACGGAGACGGAGGGCGACAUGGCCGCCAAGGGGGCAGGGAGCUCGGCAGCCGCAGAUGCUGGGAGCACAGCCUCGGACACCGAGAGGUCUGACGACGGCAAGGACAAGGAGGCCAAGAAGAUCCAGACCACCACCACCACACAGGCCCUGCACGGUGGUCGCUCGGUUGUCCAGCUGGAGCGGGACCUGCGGGUGGACCUGGGCUUCCGUGGGAUGCCCAUGACGGAGGAGCAGCGGCGGCAGUUCAGCCCGGGCCCGCGCACCACCAUGUUCCGCAUCCCCGAGUUCAAGUGGUCACCCAUGCACCAGCGCCUGCUCACCGACCUGCUUUUCGCUCUCGAGACCGACGUGCACGUCUGGAGGAGCCACUCCACCAAAUCGGUCAUGGACUUUGUGAACAGCAAUGAGAACAUCAUCUUUGUGCACAACACCAUCCACCUGAUUUCUCAGAUGGUGGACAACAUCAUCAUUGCGUGUGGCGGGAUCCUGCCUCUGCUCUCUGCUGCCACCUCACCCUCUAGUACCAAGCAGAAGAAUGCUAGUGGCCAGAGGGUGGUAAAGACCGGUGAGGUGGGCCGCAGGGUCGAGAGAGUUGACACGGUGGGUGAGUCUCCCACUGUGCCUCAGACGGAGCUGGAGAGCGUGGAGGCCACUCAGGGUAUGUCCGCUGAGACGGCCAACACCUUCCUAAGCCGCCUCAUGGCCAUGGUGGAUGUGCUGGUGUUCGCCAGCUCGCUCAACUUCAGCGAGAUCGAGGCCGAGAAGAACAUGUCCUCGGGAGGCCUCAUGCGCCAGUGUCUUAGGCUGGUGUGUUGUGUGGCUGUGAGGAACUGUUUGGAAUGCAGGCAGAGACAGAGGGACAGAGGCUGCAAAGCGUCCAUACUCAACAGCAAGUCUCAGGACAGCCUACAGAAUAUAGCCUCUGCUAGCAAGGAUCCUGACCGACUGCUGCAGGACGUGGACAUCAACCGGCUGCGCGCCGUUGUCUUUCGGGACGUGGAUGACAGUAAGCAGGCCCAAUUCCUGGCCCUGGCUGUGGUCUACUUCAUCUCUGUCCUCAUGGUCUCCAAGUACCGGGACAUCCUGGAGCCCCAGAGGGAGACUGCCAGGGCUAUGAGCCAAUCGGGGAGGAGCAUACGACAGGAGAUCAACUCUCCCACCAGCACAGAUAACCCAGUGGCCUUCCCGGACUCUGGCGGGAUGCUGAAGGAGAUUCCCACCCCUGUGGAGGAGCUCCACCUCGAGGCCUCCCUCCCGCACACCGACUCGGGCAUCGGCGAGGAGCAGGUCUCCGGCGUCCUCAACGGGGCCGAACUCGAGGGGCCCCCGUCUUCCAUGGGCCGCAUCCCGACUCCCCCCGGCGCCAUGAGCGAGCUCCUCUGCACGCUCUCCUCUGAGGUCAAGAGGUCGCAGGAGAGCCUGCUGUCAGAGCCGGCGUCCAGCAGCGGCAUCAGCAGGGUGGAGGUGCUCAAGCCGGCCUCGUCCAUCUCCAGCAUCAGCCAAUCCAAGGGCAUCAACGUCAAGGAGAUCCUCAAGAGCCUGGUGGCUGCGCCCAUGGAGGGAGCGGAGGCCGGCCCCGAGCCCCUGCCCUACCCUGACCCUGCCAUCAAGAGGGAGGCCCACGCCAUGCUGCCCAUGCAGUUCCACUCCUUCGACAGGAGCGUGGUGGUGCCGGUGAAGAAGCCUCCUCCGGGCAGUCUGGCCGUGAACACGGUGGGCUCUGGCUCCAGGGAGGGCUUGGCUGCAGGGAGCACGCCCAACAUCUUUGCUGCCGCCUCGGCCACCCCAAAGAGCAUGAUCAACACCACAGGUCCGACGGAAGCGGCCUCCUCUUCCACCAACUCCUCCACCUCGUCCAGCUUUGUGAACGGAGCCACCAGUAAGAACCUGCCGGCUGUGCAGACUGUAGCUCCAAUGCCUGAGGACACCAUGGAGAACAUGAGCAUCACCACUAAGCUGGAGCGUGCUCUGGAGAAGGUGGCCCCCCUGUUGAGGGAGAUCUUUGUGGACUUUGCUCCGUUCCUCUCGCGCACUCUGCUUGGCAGCCACGGUCAGGAGCUGCUCAUAGAAGGUCUGGUGUGUAUGAAGUCCAGUACCUCAGUGGUGGAGCUGGUCAUGCUCCUCUGCUCUCAGGAAUGGCAGAACUCCAUCCAAAAGAAUGCGGGUUUGGCUUUCAUUGAACUUAUCAACGAGGGGAGACUGCUGUGCCAUGCCAUGAAGGACCACAUUGUACGUGUGGCCAACGAAGCAGAGUUCAUCCUCAACAGGCAGAGAGCUGAGGAUGUUCACAAGCACGCUGAGUUUGAGUCAAAUUGUGCCCAGUAUGCUGCUGACAGGAAGGACGAAGAGAAGAUGUGCGACCACCUGAUUGGUGCCGCCAAGCACCGUGAUCACGUCACAGCCAAUCAGCUCAAGCAGAAGAUCCUCAACAUCCUGACAAACAAGCAUGGAGCCUGGGGCGCCCUGGCUCAGAGUCAGCUGCAUGACUUCUGGCGUCUGGAUUACUGGGAGGAUGACCUGCGUAGAAGGCGGAGAUUUGUGCGCAAUGCCUUCGGUUCCACCCAUCUGGAUAUCACUUGCAAAUCGCUGGAGGACUACGGCUCGGAGGAGGAUGAGGGGGUGAAGGCCAAGAAGGGCUUCCGCAGCCAAGCUGUGGUGAGCCAGAACCAAGAGACGGAGCUCAUGCUAGAGGGAGACGACGAUGCCGUCAGCCUACUGCAGGAGAAGGAGAUCGACAACCUGGCAGCUCAUUUUCGUCCCCGGGUGAUUAUCUCCAGAGGCCCUGUGGUCCUCAGCACCCCUGCUCAACUCGUUGCCCCGGUGAUAGUGGCUCGAGGGACGCUUUCCAUCACCACCACUGAGAUCUAUUUUGAAGUCGACGAGGAUGACACCGCCUUCAAACGGAUCGACUCCAAAGUGCUGGCCUACUCAGAGGGGUUGCAUGGCAAAUGGAUGUUCAGCGAGAUCCGCGCCGUGUUCUCUCGCCGCUACCUGCUCCAGAACACGGCGAUGGAGGUCUUCAUGGCGAACAGAACAUCAGUCAUGUUCAACUUCCCCGACCAGGCCACCGUAAAGAAGGUUGUGUACAGUUUACCUCGUGUCGGCGUGGGAACCAGCUAUGGCCUGCCACAAGCGAGGCGGAUCUCAUUAGCCACUCCACGGCAGCUCUUCAAGUCGUCCAAUAUGACGCAGCGUUGGCAACGCAGGGAGAUCUCCAACUUCGAGUACCUGAUGUUCCUCAAUACCAUUGCUGGGAGGACAUACAAUGACUUAAACCAGUACCCUGUCUUCCCCUGGGUCCUAACUAACUAUGAGUCUGAGGAACUGGAUCUCACUCUUCCUGGAAACUUCAGGGAUCUGUCAAAGCCAAUUGGAGCCCUGAACCCGAAGCGGGCAGUGUUCUACGCAGACCGCUACGAGACGUGGGAGGAGGAGCAGAUGCCCCCAUGCCACUACAACUCACAUUACUCCACCUCUACAUCUACUCUCUACUGGCUCGUUAGGAUAGAGCCCUUCACCACGUUCUUCCUCAAUGCCAAUGGCAACAAGUUUGACCACCCAGACCGCACCUUCUCCUCAAUUGCCCGCUCAUGGAGGAACUGCCAGCGUGACACCUCUGACGUCAAGGAGCUGAUCCCAGAGUUCUACUACCUCCCGGAGAUGUUUGUGAACAGUAACGGCUACCACCUGGGCGAGCGGCAGGACGGGACGGCCGUGUGUGACGUGGAGCUGCCCCCUUGGGCCAAGAAGCCCGAGGACUUUGUGCGCAUCAGUCGGAUGGCGUUGGAGAGCGAGUUUGUGUCGUGUCAGCUGCACCAGUGGAUUGACCUUAUUUUCGGCUACAAGCAGCGCGGCCCGGAGGCGGUACGUGCCCUCAAUGUCUUUCACUACGUGACCUACGAGGGCUCCGUCAACCUGGACAGCAUCGCCGACCCCCUGCUCCGAGAGGCGAUGGAGGCUCAGAUCCAGGGUUUUGGACAGACGCCAUCUCAGUUGCUUAUUGAGCCACAUCCUCCUCGCAGCUCCGCCAUGCACCUGUGUUUCCUUCCCCAGAGUCCGCUGAUGUUUAAGGACCAGAUGCAGCAGGACGUCAUCAUGGUGCUCAAGUUCCCGUCCAACUCGCCUGUCACGCACGUGGCCGCCAACACGCUGCCCCACCUCGCCAUCCCCGCCGCUGUCACCGUCACCUGCAGCCGCCUGUUCGCCGUCAACCGCUGGCACAACACCGUGGGUCUUCGAGGAGCACCUGGCUACUCCCUUGAGCAAGCCCAUCAUCUCCCUAUAGAGAUGGACUCUCUGAUUGCCAACAACUCUGGAGUGAACAAAAGGCAGAUCACUGACCUGGUGGACCAGAGCAUUCAGAUCAACUCCCACUGUUUUGUGGUGACCGCUGAUAACCGCUACAUCCUGGUGUGUGGAUUCUGGGACAAAAGCUUCCGGGUCUACUCAUCUGAGACAGGCAAACUCACCCAGAUCGUGUUCGGCCACUGGGACGUGGUGACGUGUCUGGCCCGCUCCGAGUCCUACAUUGGGGGCGACUGUUACAUCGUAUCAGGCUCCAGAGACGCCACACUGCUGCUGUGGUACUGGAGUGGACGCCACCACAUCAUCGGAGACAACCCCAACAACAGUGACUACCCGGCUCCCCGGGCAGUCCUGACGGGUCACGACCACGAGGUGGUGUGUGUGUCCGUGUGUGCUGAACUGGGCCUCGUCAUCAGCGGAGCCAGGGAGGGUCCAUGCCUGGUGCACACUAUCACUGGGGACCUGCUGCGGGCCCUGGAGGGCACCGAGCUCUGCGCCCUUCCACGCCUCAUCUCUGUGUCCAGCGAAGGCCACUGCAUCAUCUACUACGAGCGCGGACACUUCUGCAACUUCAGCAUCAACGGCAAACUGCUGGCCCAGAUGGACCUCAACGACUCCACGCGGGCCAUCCUCCUGAGCAGCGACGGGCAGAACCUGGUGACGGGUGGAGACAAUGGCGUGGUGGAGGUGUGGCAGGCCUGUGACUUCAAGCAGCUCUACAUCUACCCCGGCUGCGACGCCGGCAUCCGCGCCAUGGACCUGUCGCACGACCAGAGGACUUUAAUCACUGGCAUGGCGUCUGGUAGCAUCGUGGCAUUCAACAUCGACUUCAACCGCUGGCACUACGAGCACCAGAACCGCUACUGAGAGACGAGGAGAGGGAAUGCCCAGGACAGGAGGGGGCAGA